AUGGCAUCUCGAAGGCUUGCGCUGAGCCUGCAGCAAGGCCUCCGCGCCCAGCGCGCCAUCAACGCCGUCAAGCCCAGCAUCACCCGACGCGCUCUGGCAACUCCUGUUAGCCAUGCCUCCACCACCGAGAGCACUACCUUGAGCAACGGCUUCACUAUCGCCACCGAGCACUCCCCCUUCGCGCAAACAUCGACAGUCGGCGUCUGGAUCGAUGCUGGCUCGCGCGCCGAGACCGACAAGACCAAUGGAACCGCCCACUUCCUCGAGCAUCUCGCCUUCAAGGGCACCCAGCGCCGCAGCCAGAGCCAGCUCGAACUCGAGAUCGAGAACAUGGGAGGCCACCUCAACGCAUACACGUCCCGCGAGAACACCGUCUACUACGCAAAGAGCUUCAACAGCGACGUCCCCAACACCGUCGACAUCCUCGCCGACAUCCUGCAGAACAGCAAACUCGAGAACUCGGCCAUCGAGCGCGAACGUGAUGUCAUCCUCAGGGAGCAGGAAGAGGUGGACAAGCAGCUGGAAGAGGUUGUCUUCGACCACUUGCACGCAACCGCCUUCCAGAACCAGGCACUCGGCCGCACCAUCCUGGGACCAAAGGAGAACAUCCAGAGCAUCUCGCGCAACGACCUCGCGAACUACAUCAAGACCAACUACACCGCAGACCGCAUGGUCUUGGUUGGUGCCGGUGGUGUGCCACACGAGCAGCUUGUGCAGCUCGCCGAGAAGUACUUCUCCAACAUUCCAGCAUGCAACCCAAACGCGCAGGACAACGCCUACGUGCGCGGUCUUGACAGCAAGCCAGACUUUGUUGGAUCGGAGGUCCGGAUAAGAGACGAUACAAUGCCAACCGCCAACAUUGCCAUCGCAGUUGAGGGUGUCAGCUGGAAGGACGAUGACUACUUCACUGCGCUCGUCACACAGGCCAUCGUGGGCAACUGGGACCGCUCCAUGGGCAACUCGCCAUACCUCGGCUCCAAGCUUUCAACCUUCAUCCACGACCACAAGCUCGCCAACUCCUUCAUGUCCUUCUCGACAUCAUAUUCCGACACUGGUCUCUGGGGUAUCUACCUCGUAACCGACGCCGUCACCCGCAUCGACGACCUUGUCCACUUCACCCUCCGCGAAUGGUCCCGCCUAUCUUUCCACGUCACCGAGGCCGAAGUCGAGCGUGCCAAGCAGCAGCUCAAGGCCAGCAUCCUCCUCUCCCUCGACGGCACCACCUCCGUCGCAGAGGACAUUGGCAGACAAAUCAUCACCACCGGCCGCCGCCUCGCACCAGAAGAGGUCGAGCGAGUAGUCGGUGCCAUCUCCGCAUCAGACGUCAUGAACUUUGCCCAGAAGAAGCUCUGGGAUCGCGAUAUUGCCGUGUCGGCCGUUGGACAAAUCGAGGGUCUCCUCGACUAUGCCAGAAUCCGAGGCGAUAUGAGCAGGAAUCUGUCAUAG